AUGUGGCUCUCCUACCAAGCACUAGAUUCUUCACCGGGCGUAGGGUCAUGGAAUGUGUCUGGAACCUCCCCAGAGCAAAGCGCUGCAGAUGCAGCUGCAGGCGUUGCUGGUGCGGAGGACCUUGACGGCAGCCCCCUCGUGUAUUAUGACAAGCUGCUCGCGAGUACUCUAGUGGGUGACAUUCCGAGCCAGAUGGCGGUGUAUCAGAUAGGAGCAGUUCUGCUGCCUUAUAACAUGACAGCUCUAGGUGGAGUGAGUCAGAAUAGUAGCACAUCAGGGGUGUCGAACGGGACAGCAUCGCAACCCACAGCUGGCACGAGCAAACCGAGUGGUGCAGCUGGCUUUCUUGCUGCUGCCAUCGGCCUGAUCAUGCCACUGCUCGCCCUCACCAUCUAG